ACUCUUUAUGUUGUACAGUCUAAAGCAAACUCCUCCCUUGUUGUUUUUUGUCAAUGUUUGUAUUUCCAAAAGAUACUUGAAUAGUUUAUCAAGCACACAUAUAUGUAAUAGAAUAUCGCAACGAUAUCUACACAGCACUGGUGCUUUGAACAACCUACAUCCUUGGCUUGUUUUGAAGAUGCAGUGGUGGGAGUCACCUGUUAGAUAUAUGAGUAUGUUAGAAAGUAUUCCAUCACAAGUGGUUAGGUUAUACAAAACAAGAAGAAUGGGUCAUAGUGUUACAGUAGCUAUCCUAGUAGUUUUCGUUGUAGCUAUCACUAUUGCUGCGUAUGGGAAAGCAAGAAAAGAAAAGAAAGAAAGGAGGAAAGGUGACUCUUUUUGGAAAAGAUGGAAAUCAUUGUUAAAAAAGGGUGGUCCAAAUGCACCUAGUCAGUUGCCAUCGUCCACCGUACUGAAUUCUGAAAGGUCCCGUACUCUGUUUGAGAGAGAUUUAGAAUUGGAAAUACAGCGUUGUAAAUGCAAGGCCAAUGGAAAGAAUAGAGCAAUGACUUAUCGUCCAGGCUAUCUGUUACAAGCCACUCAGUUGUUUUCACUUUCUUCAGAAGUAGUUGUGGAUAUCUUUAUACAACAAGUCAUCAAAGUCAUCAGGUCUUAUGUAAUAACUGCUUUUCAUUACACCAGAAGCAAUCUUGUGGAACAAUGUCUCCAAGAAUUGAGUAACUUGUUAAAGUUACAUCGUCAAUGGAUAAAGCCAGCUCUCAUGGAUUGGACACAGGGAGACGAUAUUGCUUUUCAAACUCUAUUUGCCAAGUUGAAUGUUCGUCAUACUUUGGAUUUGCGAACUCGAUGGGUAAAAUAUUCUGUCUUAGAUAUUUAUCGUCUUUAUUUGGAACAGUAUUUUGCUUCCUGUGGAAAACAAUAUACCAAGAUAAAUGAGAUAGGCAAUCGUCAAGCCUUACAAACCUAUUUAGGUAUCAACAAAGAGGAAGCUUUGGUUGCAGAGGAAUAUGUUGCAGGUUGCGUAUACAAAAUGGCUGCUGUCCAAGUAUUUGAAACUGGUGUGAUUCAACUUGAGAAACUUGACUAUUUGAUAGAGUUGCAAAAGUUCUUAGCAGUUGUUCUGAAGAAAGAAACAACUCUCCAUAUUUAUAUGGAAACUGCGAAACCUUUUGUUGUCAAAUAUCUUUGGGAUAUUAUUCGAGACCAGGGAAUAACUUUGCAACAAGCGAUCAGUAAAUUGAGUUACUUGGUUAGCAUAGUUGAUUGAUAGUAAUAUCAUUUGCUUUACUGA